AUGAGCCGCGCGCGGGGGGCGCUGUGCCGGGCCUGCCUCGCGCUGGCCGCGGCCCUGGCCGCGCUGCUGCUGCUGCCGCUGCCGCUGCCCCGCGCGCCCGCCCGGACCCCCGCCCCGGCCCCGCCCGCCGCCCUCCCUGGCCUGCGGCCCGACGACGUCUUCAUCGCAGUCAAGACCACCCGGAAGAACCACGGGCCGCGGCUGCGGCUGCUGCUGCGCACCUGGAUCUCCCGGGCUCGCCGGCAGACGUUCAUCUUCACGGACGGGGACGACCCUGAGCUCGAGCUCCGGGGAGGCGGACGCGUCAUCAACACCAACUGCUCUGCCGUGCGCACCCGCCAGGCCCUGUGCUGCAAGAUGUCCGUGGAGUACGACAAGUUCAUCGAGUCUGGGCGCAAGUGGUUCUGCCACGUGGAUGACGACAACUACGUGAACCCCGAAAGCCUCCUGCAUCUGCUGUCCACCUUCUCGCCCAGCCAGGACAUCUACUUGGGGCGGCCCAGCCUGGACCACCCCAUCGAGGCCACCGAGAGGGUCCAGGGAGGCGGAACCGCGACCACAGUCAAGUUCUGGUUUGCCACCGGUGGGGCCGGGUUCUGCCUCAGCAGAGGUCUCGCCCUCAAGAUGAGCCCGUGGGCCAGCCUGGGCAGCUUCAUGAGCACGGCUGAGCGGGUGCGGCUGCCCGACGACUGCACGGUGGGCUACAUCGUGGAGGGGCUGCUGGGCGCCCGCCUGCUGCACAGCUCCCUCUUCCACUCCCACCUGGAGAACCUGCAGGGGCUGCCGCGGGACGCUGUGCUCCAGCAGGUCACCUUGAGCUACGGGGGUCCCGAGAACCCCCAUAACGUGGUGAAUGUCGCCGGAGUCUUCAGCCUGCAGCAGGAUCCCACACGGUUUAAGUCCAUCCACUGCCUUCUCUACCCGGACACGGCCUGGUGCCCCAGGCAGGGUGACCCCGUCUCUCGGUGACCAGUGACCCCUGACCCGGGGCUGGCUCUGGCUCUGCCGCAGGUGCCAGGCACGGGAAUGGCACUGUCCCCGCCAGGCCUGCAGCACCCCCAGUCCCAGGCGCUCCGAGUGCCAGGGGCCUCCCCAGGAAGACAGGGAGGGCUGUGCUGCGCAGGGCUCUGCUCCCAGGGCUCCGUCCUGCGUUUCUCCGGGUGGGCCGAGUGCUGAGGAGCCGGCCCACACCAAGGCCCUGCCUGUGGUUUUUCAGGCCGGACCACGGGCAGUCGCCAGGGCGCCGCCUGGCAGGCCUCACGGGGCGGCUGCUCUCCCGGGUACGGGGCCGGGCACUGCAGUCUGGACUGGGGCCGGGGCGCUGAGCUCUUAGCUAGAGCUGCGCUCCCGGCCCAGGCGCCACUGCCUGGAGGCUUCCGGGUGGGGCCUCAAAGACGCUUCUCCGACUUGGCAGUAUUCAGGACCCUUCCAUGCCUGGGCUCGUGCUCCCCUCCACUGGGCCCCAGGUCCGUAAAACAGUGGGAGACUUUUGUUUGGGGAUCGCUCGGGGUUGAGAACACCCCUAACCCACACCUCUGAGCAGAGACCCACCAGCCCUUGACUGGUGCCUCCCACGGGGGGACGGGACGCCAGAGCCGUGACCUUCCCGGCCCCUCGCGCGCCGCUGCCGUGA